AUGAAGCGGGCGCGUCCCGCAGCAACCCCUGCCGCGAGCCUGUUCACUGGCGACUCAUCCGACUCCGAUGAAUCCCCGAAUCAGCGACGCCGCCUGCCGUCCCCGUCAGGAACCCAAAAAGUAGAAUCGGUUGAAGAAUGUGUCAGUAGUCCGGCAAACUGCAAACAAACCGAAGCCAAGGGAAUAGGAGAAGAAGACACAUUGGAGGCUUUCAUGAAUGAUCUUUCUGGCCCACAACCGUCGCGCCUGGCACAGAAUAGACAACUCCCUACUCGUCCGCCGCAGAGUGACAGUAGUGAAGAUGGGUUCGUUGUUCUUGGGGAAACUAUGCCAAGUCAGGUGGAUGACGAAAGGGAAGAUAGCGAGGACGAUUGUGCGGAAGCGCAACGAGACUUCGGGUCGGCCAGGGACCUUUUUCUAGAGCCGAUUGAUCACUCUCGUAAGCAGUAUCCAAAAUUGGUACCCUGUCCUUACGAACCACUACCACACCUUGUCGGUGCGGCAAGGGAGGAGCAGUCAAAAAAGCUUGAAUCCAUGGCAGCAACGGUUGUUGGUGAUGAAGAUGUUGUGCCUAUCGAUUCAUUUCAAGACUUAGCGCUUGUUCUUCGAAAGGCCCUGCUCGGAUCCGUUUUGUCUGCAUUUGAAAAACCCACUGCGAUCCAACGGGUUUCCAUUCCAGUCGCGCUGAGCGGGAGAGACAUCAUUGCAGUGGCAAAGACCGGGAGUGGUAAGACCGCCGCAUACACUAUUCCACUACUAACCCAUAUCUCAUUGCAAGCACGCGGGAGCAGCACAAGUGGUAAAGGGCCAAGUGCCUUAAUCAUUGCCCCAACCCGUGAACUAGCUCUCCAAAUCACUGGCGUUGUCAAAUUGUUUGGAGAAGGCACGAAAACUGGAGUGCUUUGCGUCGUUGGGGGUCACGCCAAGUACGAACAAUUCAAGCGAUUGAGAGAUAGCGGCGCCGAAGUCAUCGUUUGCACACCAGGCCGCCUCAUUGAUAUGGUUAAAAUGAAGGCAUGUGGGUUUUCACGAUGCUCGUUUGUCGUCCUUGAUGAAGCAGACCGGAUGUUCGACAUGGGCUUUGGCCCACAGGUUGAUGCUCUCCUAUCUCAAAUUCGACCAGAUGCCCAAAAGCUGUUGUUCUCCGCAACUUUCCCCAGCUCCGUCGCCAAACUCGCGAGCUUCUACUUGCGCGAUCCAGUUCGGAUAACGGUUGGCAGUGCAGAACAAAAGAGAGACGACGCCAGGGCCAAGCACUCAGAAAAGCAUGCGACUGGGCGGAUGGCUACAACAGUACCCAUGGUCGCAGAAAAUGUCACAGAGACAUAUGUGCUAGUUGAGAAUGAGGCUGAACGAGAAUCUUGGCUUUUAUCACGACUUGAUGAUCUCAUCCAACAGGGCCUUGUUAUGGUCUUUUGUCAAUCGCGAGGUGCUUCAGCUGCUUUAGCUAACGUCAUAAGAAAGACGGGUAAGCCCGCAGCCUGUGUACAUGGCGAAACAGAUAAUGCCGACCGCGAAGGUCUCCUAGAUAUGUUUCGUUCUGGAGAGCUUCCACUUCUCAUUACGACUGAUCUUACUGCCAGGGGACUGGACAUUUCGAACGUGAAGAACGUUGUAAAUUAUGGGAGCGCGAAGUCAUGGGAAUGGCAUGUUCAUAGAGUUGGAAGAACUGGACGAGCAGAUCAGAAAGGAAAUGCAUACACCAUCCUUUGCAGAAAGAUGAGCAUGGACAUUUCGUUUGCGCGGGACGCGGUCUCAGCAUUUCGCAAGUCGCGUAUGCGAGUUCCGGCUGUGUUAAUGGAGCUUGACGUUGCGGCACGCAGGAAGACACACGAGGGAGGAGUUUUUCAAAAAAGAUUUCGCGGCAGGAAUCGUAACAGACCCAACCGCUGA